AUGUCCAGCAGCCACCGUUCCGAGAAGGACGUGUGCCUGACCCGGUACAGUACCCCGGUCCCUGAGUUGGAUGACCACCGCUUCCACUUGAACGCCGUCAAUGCCCCCCGCAUCGAGACCCCGCAAGAAGAACCACUGAGCUGCCAGAACACUGCUGCUCAACAGGGGCCACGAGGCGAGAUGGUGCCCGAGCGUCCCGACCUGUUGCAAGCGCAAUAUGCACUACGUGAAGCCGCUCCCGUCUUUCGAGACUUUGAACAGGCCGUGAUUGAUGAUGAUCGCUCGGAGCAUGACGCACCUGGAAUAGGCCGACGUUUCUCGGUCGACCCCGCGGCGAAUUACCACACGCCUCGCCGCAUCAGCUGCGCUCAGCAGGACCUCGUGGGAGGCAACUUGUCCCGCAGUUCAUCCGUAUCGGCGCGGUCUUCAUCCCCACCUAACUCGGUCGAUGCUUUCGCGGACCCUCGUCGUCCGUACCGUUUCGGGGGCACCCAUGCGCGCCGUCCAACCUUCAGCAACGCCAGUGCCAUCAGACCUCCGCCUGGUGACAUCUCUGUUAUCGCCCCAGAGGAGCCCGGUGUUCCGAUCACCUAUGACGAGCCUGGUCGUAUCCCGGUAAUUGACUAUGAGGAAUUGGAGGAAUUUGUUGCUCUGAACCAGCAAAACAUGGUUGUUACGGGUAACAAUAACUGCCGCCGCAAGCACAGCAUGAGCUCUCAGAGCAAGAAGCCCCGAAUUUUCUACGAUCUGCGUCCGGGUGUGAAGAGUCCUGAAUUGGAGGAUUUCAAGAAGGCUGAUUCAGCCGAUUCGUCGGAUACUUGCGACGCGUGUGACGAGGUGGAUGAAAAGAAGCUCAAGGUGCUGGACGAGAAGGAGCUGGUUGAGACGCUCCCCAACAUUAACGAGCCCAUGCGCUUUGGAUUCUUCUCGUCCGAAUCGCAGACUACCGUGCACGCCGCCGAACUCGGAGAUUUGGUGCUCCCUGGUGACAGCUUCCGCGACCUGUUCCAGCUGGGCCCGGAAGGUGGUGUGUGGUGGUUGGAUGUGGUUAACCCUACGGAGGAGGAGCUCGGUGCCAUUUCGCGGGCGUUCUCGAUUCACCCGCUUACCACGGAGGAUAUUCUGACACAGGAGGCGCGUGAGAAGGUGGAACUUUUCAAACAGUACUACUUUGUCUGUUUCCGCACCUUCUACCAGAUGGACAAGACUAGUGAGGAGUUUUUGGAGCCGGUCAACUUUUACAUGGUUGUUUUCCGGGAUGGAGUGCUGACGUUCUCGUUUGUGGAGAACCCGCACGCCUCGAAUGUGCGCAAGCGUAUUGGAAAGCUGCGCGAUUAUGUCUCGCUCAGCAGUGAUUGGAUUUGCUACGCCAUGAUCGACGAUAUCGUCGAUAGCUUUGGUCCCGUCAUUCGGGAUGUCGAACUUGAGUCCGAGGCGAUCGAAGACCAUGUGUUCAUCGCCCGCGUUGACGACUUUGAGUCCUUCCUGCCACGCAUUGGCGGUCUCCGCAAGAAGGUUAUGAGUCUGAUGCGUCUCUUGGGUGGUAAGGCGGAUGUUAUCCGCGGUUUCUCUAAGCGAUGCAAUGAGCAGUACUCGGUGACGCCUCGCGGCGACAUUGGUCUGUAUCUGGGUGAUAUUCAGGAUCACGUCGUGACCAUGAUGUCCAACCUGGCUCACUUUGAGAAGAUGCUCAGCCGUUCGCACACCAACUACCUGGCCCAGUUGAAUGUGACCAACCUCGUCCUGGGCAACCACGUCAACAAGGUUCUGAGCAAGGUCACCUUGAUCGCGACGAUUCUAGUCCCGAUGAAUCUGAUCUGCGGUCUCUUCGGCAUGAACGUUAAUGUACCUGGCAAGGAUGAUGGGGGCCUGGGAUGGUUCUUUGGUAUCAUGGGUGUGAUGGGAGCCAUUGUGGUUGUCAGCAUGUGCCUAGCGAGGUGGCAGAAAUUGGUCUAA